UGCCCACCCUCCACAGAUCCCUGCUCAGUCAGUCCACCAGCAGCCGCACAGCACACACUCCUACAGCCCCUGCCAGCUGCAGUCAGUGCUCCUUCCGCUCGCAGUCAUUGAACAGAAGUAGCCGUCACGAGUUAGCUUCUUAAACACGUGAUAAAGAAGAAGAGGGUGAGAAGAGACAGUGGGGAAAAGAAGAGAAGGAAGGGAGAAAACGAAUCAGCAAAGCUGCAGCUUCGCUGUGAUUCGCACCUGCUAGCAUGCUGCUCCGUGCAUUUGCUCUGCUGUUGCUCAGUGCUGGAUGUUGCCUAACCUCACCGCCGACCCCUGCUCUGUCCUCCUCAUUGAUACCUUCUCUGGCCACACCUCCUCCAGACCCCUGUGAGGGACAUCCUUGCCUUAACAGUGGUUCUUGCAUCUCUCUGUCCUCAUCGCUGAGGACACUUGACAAACCACCAGACACUGAGACAUACACCUGCGCCUGUAUUGCUGGCUUCACUGGCCACAACUGUGAGUUUUUUGUAGACGUCUGUGCCAGCAAUCCCUGUAUCCAUGGAAAUUGCAGUGAUGUGGGUGGGGUGUACACCUGUGAAUGCAGCGAGGGUUUCGAGGGGGAGAGGUGCGAACGGCCAUCUUCAAACAUCCCCAUGACCAUCUGGGAGUCUUCCUCUCUGACCUCGGAACAUGCAACACUUGCUACUGCUGUCACAUCAGCUGCACCUACUGAGGCCAUGCAGGCCACCCCAACCACAGCACCCACAAGCACACAGGCAUUGCCAUCACUGCAGCCAUGGCAGCCCACGACAGAACAGAGAGUGGCUACAGUGAUUUGGGACAAUGAUCAGGUGCAAGAGAUGUCAGACUGCAGGAGCCUGAUGGGUAGGGAUUCUUCAGGGGCUGUGUAUCUAGCCCUAGAGUUGGCUGAAGGCACAGCCAUCAAGAUCCAGGCAAACAUUACUGGCAUUACAGGUUUGUGGCGUGUCAGUGAGGGUGCAUUUCACCACUGCACAGUCUCAGAUGGCGCGGUAGUCUGGCUCCAGCAAGCUUCUGAUGGUCUGGUUCUGACAGAGCAGUACCUUCCACUUGGCCAGAGCUACUUUGUGGGUGUCCUGCAUGAUGACACUGCCAAUGGUGACACAGUGACAUUGCUUCUGCAAGUUACAAUGAAAGCCAGCAGCUGCACAGAGCCAGGAAGCCACUUCAAUGACCCACAAUGUUCUGGAAAGGGGACAUGUGUCACCCAGCCAAGUAAGAACACCUUCUACUGCGAGUGUGAGAAGUGGUAUUCGGGAAUCUUCUGUGAAGAGUUUGAUGCAUGUCACCUGAACCCUUGCAAGAACAAUGGCACAUGCAGUGACUUAAGGGAGGGCAAUGAAGGUCGUAAUUUCACCUGUGCUUGCUCAUCAGGGUACACAGGUGAGCAGUGUGAAGCUCUAGUAGACCACUGUCUCUCACAACCCUGCCUGAAUGGGGCUACCUGCACUAGCAACCUGGCAGGACCCAGCUGCCACUGCCCAGAAGGUUACCAAGGAUGGAUGUGUGAGCAGAAAAUCAAUCCUUGUGCUUCAUCGCCCUGCCACAAUAAUGGCACAUGCUAUUCGGAUGAGCAGAGCUUCAGCUGCAGCUGUGCGCCAGGAUUCACGGGUCCCACCUGCGCUCAGCUGGUCGACUUCUGCGCCCUCAACCCUUGUGCUCAUGGCAUUUGCCGCAGUGUAGGGACCAGCUACAGGUGUCUCUGUGUUCCAGGUUACCAUGGGUUAUAUUGUGAAGAGGAGUAUAAUGAGUGUUUGUCGGCGCCUUGCCAGAACCACGCCACCUGCCGGGACCUGGUCAAUGCCUAUGAGUGUAUAUGCCCUGUACAGUACGAGGGAAGACACUGUGAGGUCUACAAGGACCCAUGUCUGAAAGUUCACUGUCAGAAUGGAGGAUCAUGUGAUCGUGAGGGGCUGAAUGCUACCUGUGUUUGCCCUGCUGGCUAUAUGGGUGAAAACUGUGAAGUUGACAUCAAUGAAUGCGACAGCAAUCCUUGCCAUCAUGGAGCUACCUGUAUUGACCAAUCAAAUGGCUUUAUCUGUCACUGCCAACAAGGAUGGGUAGGACCAAAUUGUGAGAUUUAUUUGCAGUGGAAGGCAGCUCACCCAGAUGAUUCUUUGACUAGCAUGCCACGCCACUCUCUCUAUAUCAUCAUCGGUGCUCUGUGCGUAGCCUUCAUUCUUAUGCUCAUCAUCCUCAUUGUUGGAAUCUGUCGCAUCAGUCGCAUCGAAUACCAGGGCUCUUCUCGGCAUGCAUACCAGGAGUUCUACAACUGCCGCAGCAUCGACAGCGAGUUCAAUAAUGCCAUUGCAUCCAUCCGCCAUGCCAGGUUUGGGAAGAAGUCCAGGCCUGCCAUGUAUGAUGCAACACCCAUCUCCUAUGAGGAUUACAGUCCUGAUGACAAGCCACUUGUUACUCUGAUCAAGACAAAGGAUUUGUAAAAAUAAAUAGAUAGAUAAAUUUCAAAACACCAACAUAAACUUUCCCCUACAUCAAAUGUCAUUAUACCAUAGAUUAAUUAUAACUUAAACUAAGUGGUUAGUAAAAUCUCCAUGUAUGCAACCACUGCUGGUUAGUAGAAUCAAAUUCUUUUACAGUCUACUUUAAUACUACAGAAGGUCUCCGUAGAUUUAAAAAAGUUGACUCAGCAGCUACAUGUUACCUUUCUAAGCAGAUAUACGCCAUUCCAGAUGUUAGAGUAAUAAGUGCAGUUAUGGUGAACUAUGAUAGACUAAAAACCUGCAGUAGGUUUCCUCUUUUAGUGCAUGGGUAAAUGUGAUGGUUUCUACAUUAUUUUGAAUCCUUAGGCAUAUCUUUGUUUGUUUAGUGUAUACUUUAUUUAGUGAUUGGUUAGUUCUCUGGAUAGUGUGUGGUGUUGGGGAAACUUUUGCCAGUGUUUUGUGGAGGCAAAAACUACCUUUUACUUGGUCGUAUUCCUUAUUACUAUAACACAAAUAAAAAUUGGUAGAUCAUUUUACAGUGUUUUGUUGUUGUCCUCUGAGGACAACACCAUUGCUAGGUAAAAGAUGAAAAGUUAGUGACCCCGCCGUAAAUGUGCUUCUGUGUUUCAGGCAUGGUUUCCUAUGUGUACAUAAUGAUCAGGUUAUGCUUAGGGCCAGUUCUUUCUAUUCUUCAACAAGGCCUGACCUAUUUCUUUUCUUCAUCGUGGGUCAUGAUUUUCUUUUUUACUCUGUGAUUUAUUCUAUGUGGAAUGAUGUAAUUAAAAAGAUUCAAGUGAAAGCCA